AUGGAUGGCUUGGUUGAGCAGAACAGCGUGGUAAUGCACAAUAAGAUUGCUGAGGCCGGGAAAAGGAAUGGUUUAAUUAAUACAAGGAACUUAGUGGCAGAGAGCCGAGAUGGCCUGGUCUCUGUGUACCCGACCCCCCAGUACCAGAGCCACCGAGCGGGCAGCCUUUCCUCUCCGAGCUGCCUGGAGAACGGCAGGAAAGCCCCUGUGCAGCAGCUCCUGGACCCCAACAUGUUGCAGCAGACGGUGGAGUCUCACUACCGGCCCAACAUCAUCCUCUACUCGGAGAAUGUGCUGCGCUCGUGGGGUGAGAGCAUUGGCUCAGAGUGCUGUGAAACUACCUUCAUCGAGGACCGCUCCCCCACCAAAGACAGCCUGGAGUACCCGGACAGCAAGUUCAUCGAUCUCUCAGCAGAUGACAUCAAGAUUCACACUCUCUCCUAUGAUGUGGAGGAAGAGGAGGAUUUCCAGGAGCUAGAGAGCGAUUACUCAAGUGACACCGAAAGCGAAGACAAUUUCCUGAUGAUGCCACCAAGAGAUCAUCUUGGCCUCACUGUGUUCUCCAUGCUCUGCUGCUUCUGGCCAUUGGGAAUUGCUGCCUUUUACCUGUCUCAUGAGACAAACAAAGCAGUAGCCAAGGGGGACUUCCACCAUGCAAGCUCCAGCUCCCGGCGAGCACUAUUCCUGGCUGUCCUGUCCAUCACAAUCGGAACUGGCAUCUACGUUGGGGUGGCUGUGGCUCUUAUUGCCUAUCUGUCCAAAAACAAUCACUUAUGA